AUGUUUGCAAGCGAAGUGCUCCGGUCAGUUGAUAACAUGGCUUCGAAACGAUCCAACACGUUUAAGGUCCUGCUGGCAUCCCUCGCGGUGGCGGCGCUCGGGUACGUGCUGCGCUCCCCCAGCCUCUACCUGCGCCGGGAGACCAAGUCCUCGCUCGGCUACCCCAAGGACUCCCUGCUCAACUUCACCGAGCUCACCGCCGAGUAUGGAUACCUCUCCGAGGAACACAAAGUGCUCACAGACGACGGAUACAUCCUCACCAUGUUCCGGAUAGUGAAGGCCAGGAACUGUCACCGAGCGAAGAGAUCUCCCCCGGUGCUGCUGAUGCACGGCCUGCUGCAGAGCUCCGACUCCUGGAUAGACUCGGGGCCCGACGCUGGCCUGGCCUAUCUCAUCUCCGACGCCUGCUACGACCUCUGGCUGGGCAACGUCAGGGGGAACUAUUACUCCCGGGGGCAUGUCCGCCUCGACCCUGACAAGGAUCCCGCUUACUGGAAGUUCUACAUCGAAGAGAUUGGCAUAUACGACGUGCCAGCGAUGAUCGACUAUGUGCUGAACUACACGGGGUUCCAGAAGCUGAACUACAUCGGCUUCUCCCAGGGAACCGGCACAUUCCUGGUGAUGUGCUCCGAGAAGCCGGGGUACUGUGAUAAAGUGAAGUUAGUGAUUAGUUUAGCGCCUGCGAGCAGGCAGAUGCAUACACAGUCCAAGAUAUUCAGGACUGUGACGCAGACGUUCUAUAGAAUGGAAGGCCUGUUAUCCAUGACAGGUUUACAAGAAGUGUUCUCUAAGGGCGGCUUUAGUCAGGAGUUCGUCGCGUUCUUCUGCCAGCUGUCAGGCGUGACUGAGAGACUGUGUGAGAAGGUUAUCGAUGCGUUCGACCAUGUGGACUCCACGCACCUGGGGUCCAUUACAAACCAGACCACGAGAGUCCUGUUUGGGCACUUCCCGGCGGGCACCUCGGUGCACAACAUGGCGCGGUACGGACAGAGCAUGAACAGUGGAAGGUUCGAGAAGUUCGACUACGGCCGGGAGCAGAACCUGGUGCUGUACGGCAGCGAGGAGCCUCCGCAGUAUAACCUAAGCGCGACCACUGUGCCGGUGAUGUGUAUCUACGGCAAGAACGAUGGUUUAGUGGACACGAGAGACGUGGAGUGGCUCAUGGCUCAGCUGCCGAAUGUUUUAGAAAUGGUGAAAGUGGAGGACCCUCAGUGGAACCACAUGGACGUGACGUAUAGUCAGUAUACUGGUGAUACCAUAUUCCCUAAGAUAAACGAGUAUUUAUUAAAAUAUACUAGUGCGUAACAGUGGUCUUGUGUUUGAUUGGAAUUGUUCCCGGGUAAUUAAAUAUCGAUAUGUUGUAUGUGAAAAGGUGCCGUGACUGCAAGUAUUAACCUAGUUUAUUUUUUACGUGUUGGCCUUGGUUGUAAAUGAGAUUUUGAAUGAGUGGAAUGAUCUAUGCAUUUCCAUUAAGACAUUGUUAUAAAAUAUUGUGGCUAAGGUUAAUGGCCGAUCUUGUCACGAGAAAUGGCAAGGUCUAGAAGGUUAUCGACCGUUUUUUUCGCAGGUGAACUCAAAUUAACUGAUAUUUGCUCUUAUGUCAGAAUUCAAAACAUGUUUUUUUAAAGACGAUAAUAGAUAAUAUUAACGAAGUGUGAUACUCAGAAGACUGUUUUGUUAAGUAAUCUAAAAAUGUAAUAAAUAAUUUCUGUGUGAUUAAAUAAUUUUAAAAGAUUUCUUAAGAAA